CAGCAGCGGUGGUGACUGGUGACCUUAGUCGGUUUAUAAAUAAACAUUUUAAUUAUUUCAUUGAUUUAAUAUGUGCAUUAUUUAUCUCUAUUGUGAGAAAAGAUGGGCGAAAUAUUUCAACAGUAUUUUGGUGUAGUUUUGAAAGAAAUGGAGUAGUUUAAAGCGUUAUCACUGUCGAUGUUGGCGUCGCCGUCUUGUUUUUUGCGAUCCAGCUUACAAAAUAAACCAUGGCAGGGGAUACAGUUAAAGUAUUGGUGGUGAUUGAUCCUAUGCCCAACAUAAUCUCGUGCUCGAGUACGUUUACUGCUGAGGAGUUGUGCAUUGUUUUGUGUAAAAAGUACAAAAUUCCUCCACUAACGCGUACGCUGUUUGCAUUGAGGAUUAAAGGCACGGACUAUUUCCUCAAAGAUAACAGCAAAGUUCUUUCGAGUUCACGAGAUUACGAACUGAGAAUACGGUUCAAGGUACCUCGACUCAGUCUUUUGAUAACACUGGAUGAGACCACAUAUGACUAUUAUUUUCAACAAGCAAGAAAUGACGUAAAUGAGAACAAAAUACCAGAAAUUAAGUAUCCAGAACAUAAGCAAGAGCUGCUAGGUCUUGGUAUUGCAGAUAUGACAAGAGCUAUAUCGGAAGAGAAAUUGCCAUUAAAUGAUGUAGUUAGAAACUACAAAAAGUAUAUUCCGAAAGUGAUUGUAAGACGACACGGCCCCUUUCCUAAGAAAUAUGCUCAUGACUAUUUGCCACAGCUGUGUUCUGUUGGACACAAUGUCAACUACAUAAAAAAUCUGUACCUGCAACAAUUAUAUGGGCUAGCGCCUAAUUACCUGGCAGAAGAAUUCGACAAUGUUCUGUGGCAGAACGGCAGUGAGGUAGUCCCCGUGAAGGUUAUUGUUGCACCAUUCCACCCGCAUCAGCCUGGGAUACGGCUAUAUAAUACUGUCAAAAGAGAGUGGUUUCAUGUGUGUGCAGUAGAAGAGUUAAUAUACUUGACAAGAAAUGCAGAUAACUGUUUGGAAGUAUCGAGACGAGGAACACCAUUGUUUUUCACAUUCAAAUCUGAGGAGCAACUCUCGUCAUUCAUAUCUCUGUGCGAUGGAUAUUAUAGGUUAAUGGUAAAAUGGACAUUUAAUCUCUCCAAAGAUGAUGAAACUCCAUCAUUGAAGGAACUGCAGAGGAUAAAAUGCCAUGGUCCAGUUGGUGGUGCGUUUUCCUACCGAAAGUUGGAAGAGAAACGCGGAAAGAAACAUGGCUGUUACAUCCUGAGACAGUGCCAAGAUGACUACAAUGUAUAUUACUUGGACGUGUGCACAAAGAACAGUACCACAGAAACAUACAGAUUGGAAUUCAAAGGCCAUUGUUACAUAUUCAACAAAGAGGAAUACUUCAGCAUCGAGAGGCUAGUCAGUUGUCACCAAAACCCUGAGGGUAGAAUAUUUCUAAACGAAUGCAUACCUCCUUCAGAAUAUGACAAAUCGCAGCUACUAUUAUGUGGUGAGCCGCUAAAGAAAGGCGUCCGGAUCGAUCAGGCAGAAUUACAAGAGAUAUUAAAGGACAACAAAAGUCCUAGAUGUCUUCCGAACAAAGAUAUCCUACUAUAUACAGGUUCAGAAAAGGUUGGCUCUGAGAAUAUAACAGCGACGUACAAAGCGCUGUGGAGGCUUGAUGAGACUAAAAAGUUGCUAGUCGCAUUUAAGACUCUUCAAAGGGACCGAGCUAAUGACUAUUUGAAAGAUUUUAUCGAAUUAGCGAGCAAAUGGGCCUGCGUUCAGUCGAGUUCGAUAGUCAGACUAUACGGCGUGACUCUCAGCUCACCCACGGCUAUGGUGCUCGAAUUUCUGCCAUAUGGACCAUUCGAUGUUUAUCUCAGGAAAAACGAGGAGCGUAUAAAACCCAUACACCUGAAAAAAGUAGCGGCGAACUUGGCGAGAGCGUUAUGGGACCUGUCCGAAGCCGGGGUAGUCCACGGCACCAUCCGCUGCAGGAGACUGCUCCUGUCCUCGCUUGAGGCUGACCGGAUCAUUGUUAAACUGUCUGGGCCCACCCUGAGGCAGUAUACACCUCAAGAUGUACAUUGGAUGCCGGUUGAGUUCUUUCCGGACAUGAGUCUCGCUAAGAGAUCGGUCGUGGGUGACAUCUGGGCUUUCGCCACGACCCUAUGGGAGGUGUUCUCGUAUGGACAAUCUCCUUGCGACACGAACCCUGUGCUCACCGCUAGGAGUUACGAAAUGGGCGAUCGUCUGCUCCGGCCGGCGCGAUGCCCCAGCGAAGUGUGGGCUCUCAUGCGGCAGUGCUGGCAGACUGACCCGCUGCGGCCGCAGGAGAUCAUGCGAGAUAUGAACCACAUGCUGCACAGAGAAUAUAUGCCAGUGCACGAAUAUGAAGAACCAAAGAUAUCUCUAGACCACAUGGAACACGCAGAAACGGUUUCAAGUGAUAGGUUUAUUCCGAGUGAAAGCGAUGCGGGGAGUAACAAAUCCCUCAUCUCUAUGGACAGUAGCGCAGCUUCAAUGAAUGGCACCAUGUCUGAUCAGUAUGAUAAUCCGUUCGCGGACAACAAAAGUUCCAACUCCCUCGAGAGUAUGAACGCACUAACGUACGCGUUACGCAACGAGAUGCUCGCGAGCCGCAGCAGCCGCAGCAGCGCGUGCGGCGCGGGCGGCGCGGACACGCCCGACGACUUCGCUGCGUUAGCCGCGCCGCGCCUCAUGGAGUCCAUCGUGUCGCAGGGCAAGACCUACCUCGUCACCAUCACGAAGAAGAUCGGCAGCGGUAAUUAUGGCCAUGUCUUCAAGGGCUGGAUGGAGCGCGACAACCAAGAAUCUCAAAGGAAAGAAGUAGCUAUUAAGAAGUUGACGCGACAAGAGUCCGAGCGAAACGGCAGUUUAUAUGAAGACUUCAAAAAUGAACUUGAAAUUAUGAAGUCGCUACAACACAUAAACAUAGUGGAGAUCCUCGGUUACUCCUGGGACCACGGGUCGGAUGUGCUGAUAGUUAUGGAGUAUUUAGAGGAAGGCUCUCUCAACUACUACCUCAAGUUCCAAGGCGAUAAGCUUCGGAUAUCGCACUUGAUUAAAUACGCCAAAGACAUCGCCACGGGUAUGGACCAUGUAUCAGCUAAAAACGUUGUACAUCGUGACUUGGCCACGAGAAAUAUCCUAGUAGUGAACAAAUAUCACGUGAAGAUAUCCGACUUUGGUCUCGCCAGGAUUAUUCCGAAAGAGGAGAACGCGUACCGAAUUAAGACUGAGAGAUUAUUGCCUAUUAACUGGUACGCCCCCGAGUCAGCCGUGAAGCCGUACCACUUCUCAACGAUGAGCGACGUGUGGUCGUUCGGCGUGACGGCGUGGGAGAUAUUUACUCGCGCGAGACACGAGGUGCCCAAGUUCGACGUGGAUCGGCCGCGCGAGAGGGCGUCCUGUUUUCAAAUACCAGAAGGCUGCCCUUCAGAAAUAUUCAGGCAUCUAAUGAAAGACUGCUGGGCCCUCGACCCAAACAUGCGGCCAAAGUUCAUAGACCUCGUGCAUAUGUGUAAGCGAUUCAUGGACGAAUACAAGUGAGCUGGUUUGCACUUUAUUGCAUUGCAAUAAGACUGGAUUUACCUUGAUAUGACCUGCUACUUUGGGUCAUACCAACAUACCAAAGUGGAAAAAACGUCGCUAGGCACGAAAUUAUACGAAAACGCAUAAUUCCAUUUACACUCCUACCACCCAGUUGCGGUCAACGGCUGUCGGGAUUCUAUGGCCAAUACCCAUCGCAUGGCGACCACCGUACAUAAAGGUGGGUCCACACCUGCGUACGCGCGCGAACCUUGCACACAACGUCUAUCCGAAGUGGCGUUGUCUUUGUGCGCAUGUGCAUAUCAUGUAUGUGAUAACUCCUAAAAACUCAUGAACAUAUGCACGCCAUGACUUGUACAACAUGAACGCGAACCUCUGGUGAACACAUCCACAUAUUUUUUGUGGUUCGUGCGCUGUGCAGGUGUGGAUCAGCCUUUUUUAUUAUAAAUUUUUAGUCAUUUGUGGCUGCAGCCUGCGAUCUUUCACACAGAUCCACUAGUGGUCAACAUUUUGAUCUCUGUGACAUGGUUUUGGUGUGGUCCGUCUGAACAAACAUAAGAAAGAGAUUGAUUUCUCGACUAUUCAGAUGCCAUUGAUCUUUGAGUUUUUAGAUAUAUAAGUAUAAUCAUGGGUGAUACCUUUUGUUUUACAAAAUGGACAAUAUUUUUUGUCAAUUAUUGAAUUGAAUGCUAGCUUUUGUGGGUGAUUUCAACCGAAUUCUAAGUUUAAAAAGUUUCAUAAACCCCCUUCGUUCUUCCGGAAUAAAUUAAUGUCCGUCUCAACGAUGCCAAAUUUCGUCAGGAUAGGUUCAUUGGCCGAGCUAUCAGAAAUUGACGGACAGAGAGGCUCUUUCUCCUAUUUGUAUAAUAAUAUUAGUUAAGUGAACUACAGGACAACGAGUUUGCAGUAAAGGUUGGGUCGAAUUGUGACGAAUUUCUCGCAGGAUAUGGAGUGCGAUUCGCUGUGAUGUUGCCAACUAUAAUCAAAUCAGCAACUCUUUAGUAAAAAUUAAAACGCGCGCUUAGUUAGGAGCUUAUGACAUCAUAAACAAUUGACUUCCUUUUUGUAGUUUAAUAGAUAAUUUAAAAAUGGUUAUCGAUAAAACUAACAUCGGGCGUAGAUUUUACGUGUUUUAGAAGCCCCUGUUCAGUGCUGCUAAAAAUAAUUUAGUUUUGAGAUAGGCAUCAUCCCAUUGUCACGUGUACAUACAUUUGGCAAUCUUUUUUUUACACCCUGCGCGGAAUUCGCUCCAGUUCGACCUAACCUUAAAUGCGUCAGUACAAAGGCCCGAAGCGGCUUCAAUGUUAUAAAAUAUAUACUCCUAACUAAGUUGGCAAUAGGUUUACAUCUGAAAAAAUAAAUAUAUGUGUUAAGAAGGCCUUGAAUUUCAAAUCGUAAUUCGAACAGUGCGCGUGGCGAUGAAAAGUAAUUUUAAAAAGCUCAAAGUCUGCAAGUUUUAAAGUAAAAAAAUGCGCCACUGAGGAUUUUCUGCCACGUUUGCAUCAUUAUUCCUCGCGCGUCCUAUCUUAGGCCACAUCAUCACUUUCCAUCAGGUGUGAUUAUGGUCAAGCGCUUGCGUAGAAUGAAUAAAAAAAAACAAGUUUGUGUAGAUUACCAAAUCCCCAGUGGUACGUUUUUUGUGAUUUACUUUUGUGCCAGUCUGUAAUCCACCCAGUAUAAAUGCAUACAGUAUAAGACCCUUAAGAGAAGUCAUUUUAGCGCGCUACCCAGAGCUCUUAAUACUCAAUACUGCAACAACAGAAAGAAAAAAGAAUUCAAAUGAGAACCAUUACUUGUACGUUUGUUAAAGCAGGCUACGAAUGAACUUCUCUUAAGCCGUUCGUAUAAAAUGACAGAUUUAAGGCAACGCCACGCCAUGUUUGUUAACUUAAAAAUCAACGGAAUUACAGCCUAAAAUUAUUUCCGGUUUGCAAUACUACAAAAUGAAUAAUUUUCGUUACACAUAUCACUCGUUGCACAAACUCACACUACAAUAUUAUUAAACCAAGAUGUAAUAUAAUAGUGUUUUUACGUGUUUUUGUGGUUCCUUCACGCAUUUGCCUUACUUUGCUUUACAUAUUUGUAAAUAUUUGUUUUUAAUACAUAAGUGCAAUCAAAUGAAACGACAGAUUAUGUUUACUUCUUUUGAAGUAAAUUAAUAAUACCUCCAUGCAAUUAUAAUAAGAUCACAUUAGAUUUAUUUAUUUUAUAAGCAGUUAUAUUAUAGACACUUCAAAAGCCGAGAGCCUGUAGGCAAUUUUGAAGCGGUGCUUGGAUAAAAGCAGAAAGUUGGUUUGGGCGUUUUUACGCGUUGUUUGAUUAUGGCAAACUAGAUCUGCAGAACUAGUAUGUGGUAGGUUCACAGUUUUUUAAUGUUAGGUGGAACAAACUCAACUAUUUCGGGUUUCCUUACUCAUACGUGACAUACAACGAAUACUGUCUAAUUUUAAUUUUUACGACCGGGCAUUUUCUUAUGUUGUUGUAAAUCAAUAUGUUUUCAAAUUGUAACUGAACCUGUAGAUAAAGUACAUUUUUGUAAUGUUUCUAAAACAUCUUUAAACACGCCUGGCACCUAAAAUUAUGUUCUGUUAGAAACGCUUAGCAUUUUUUAUAUCGGUAAAUACAUAUAUAUUUUAAUUUUUGAAAUAUAUUAUAAACGUUUUUAGUUAAAAUAUUUGAACUAUCUCAAAACUUGGGUCAUUCUAAUCUAGUUUACCAUACACAAGUACCAACCACCUUACAAACAUCUUUGCAUCAAGAGCCUCUUCACAAAUUCCCACGUGGUCUUGGGCCACUUGAAGUAAUGAAUGAAUGAAUUGGUGAUCGAAAACAAAUUAUGCAUGUAAAUCUUUUAUUUUUUAUGACAACAGAUAUAUUAAUUAUAAUAUGUACUUGCCCCUAGAAUUGUUAUUUUAUUGUGACUGUGUUAUGUCAAUUUUAGAAUAUAAUAAUUUUAGUGUGAGAUAACAAAAAUUACGAGUUUUGUCUGAUACCAUUCUUAAAGUUAUGAUUGGUUUGAUACAAAAUAAAGUCAGUUAAAAAUUGUAAUGGUGCUUAUUUGAUUAUACACAACAAAUCUCUAAACUAAUUAGACUAAAAGUAGUGUUAGAAUUCUGUGCAUAGAAUAUUUUGAAACAGUCAGUUUACUUUGGUUUGUGUUCAACCGAAUAUGCACCAAUGUGGCUAAUUUUAUUGCACAUAAUCUCUAAACUUAACUAAAAUGAUAGUUCUAAAUGUAUUGCUAUCCCUUUUAUACCACUUGUUGUAGACAAGGAUACCACUAGGUUUAGAGAUUGUGUUCAACAGAAUUAGCUAGAAUGAAUCGUCUAACAUCUCUUAUAUAAUAUAGGUGUUUUCAUUCGAGAAAGUAUGAAUUCAUGACAAUGUAGUUUUAAGAACAAAUUAUACUAACGGUAUGUCCUAAGAAUACAACGAAAUAAAUAGUCUGUAUCAUUGAUUUAUUUUAAUAACUCUAUUUUAUAACUUUAGGAAUGGUCACGGACAUAAUUUUCGAUUUUACCAAAGAUGAUAUUAAAUUAUGUUUUAAUAUUGUUAUAUGGAAAUACAAUUUUAUUACUUAUAGGCGUAAUUA